ACGGGGAAUGCCAUAUCUUUCGUAGUUCUCAUGUUUUAAAUUAUAAUUUAGAAUUAACAAUUAACGCAAGAUGGAAAAUUAAUAUUUUGAAUAGUCGGGCGGCACGCUCGGUUGAUGCUUCGCGCGACGACUGCUAUUAUUGUUAUACUGAGAAUGCUGAAUCGCCUGGAGGCGUGGAUCGAAAAGAUCGAGAGACGUAUACCUCACAUCAUAGAUCUGGGUGGAGGCGCCUGGUUUGGUAGCGGCACCGUCUUUGGUGUCCGCUCCGGUGCUGUCAAAAAUGUCGGAACGCAUAUAGCGCGCCGGUUGCCCCGCGCCUACGCUAAAGUCUUAUGACUUCGUAGGGGCGAUUGAUGGGGAAGGACGUACGCUUCUCAGCGCGCACCUUCCUGCACCGUUGGCUAGUCGUCCUCGAAAGGAUGGGAGAUUGCGACAGAGAAAGAAAAAGAAGCAAGGCGCACGAUCCUCCCGCGUGCCGCGAGCGAACGCUGAAACGCGCUCUCUCAGCGAGUGACGAGGGCCGCUACGCUCCUUACGGAAUUGCAGCUCUGAGCUAUGGUUCACUACUCUCACCGUCUAUGAAUGGAGAGAAAAAAGAAUAUAAAAAAGGGGGGGUCGAAGCACCACCGAUUUUCUUAGAUACGCACUUCCGCGACGCGAAAAAAAAGAAGAAAAGAAAAAAAAGUCGCUAUCUUAAUUAUACUAAUUUUAAUAAACAAAAAUUUGAAAUAAUAGAAGAACUCGCACCUUCACAAUAGAAUUCGCUUAUACGGUUCGCACGCACGUCGCUUGCUGUGAUCGCUAGUCGCGGAAUAUAUUAAUAAAAAAAACUAAUUAGUAACAAAAGGGAGAAUUUGCCACCUCAAGUCUCUCUUGAAAGUCUGAAGUAAAAUUGCGAGAAUAUUCUAAGGUUAACUUGAAUCAGUUUUGAGUGCCGAUCGACAAAAAUAAUCUAAGUCCAAAAUACCAGAAAUAUACCUACAGAGAACAAACCAGAUCUAUUAAUUCUCCCUACAUUUUUUGGUCCUUCAAGCCGGAUAAUUUCUCACACGAGAAUGUCGCAAUUAGAAGCGAAAAUUGCUCUGCAAGUGAGCAGAUUUAAUUUAAUACAAGAAGCCGCAGAUUUUGACGAUACGGAUGCCACACAGUUUAACCGUCAAUUAAUCAAUACUCGCAUAGAAAUGCUGGAACAAAAUUGGAAUAAAUUUCUGGAGGAACACGAAAACCUAUAACUGUCUGGAGGUGAUAACCUGAGCGAGAAACCUUAUCUCAAGACCCGCGUAUAUGAACGCUGUUAAGCCUUCUACGUAUAUGUUCGGGCCAAACUGCUCAAUCAUCGAGAAGAUUCGGAAAUGGCUGAAUUAAAUUCCAGAUCUUCGUUCCUCGAUCAUGAGACAUCUAUCUCAAUGCUGCCCCGGAACUCCUUGCCUCGAGUUAAAUUGCCAAAUUUCUCAAAAGAUUACAAGUCCUGGCGUUCGUUCUACGAUCUUUUCACAAAAAUGAUCCAAAACAACAAAGAUUUAUCAGAUGCAGAAAAGAUGCAUUAUUUAAAGACAUGCGUUACUGGAGAAGCAGCACGCUUGAUUUCCAAUCUACCUGCCUCGAGUGAAAAUUUCAUUGUCGCAUGGGACCUUUUGUUGUCAACAUACGAAAACAAGCCAUUUCUGAUAUCCGCUCAACUGGAUCGAAUCUACGAAAUAAAGCCGUUGAAAAUCAAGAGUGCUGAAGAAAUAAGAAACCUACGAACGACCAUGUUGGAAUUCGUCGGCGCUCUUCAUGCGCUAGGAUGCGCUGUGGAUCAUUGGGAUUCAUUACUUGUACAUUAUUUAAUAAAAGUGCUCGAUCCGUAGUCUUGUGAAAUAUGGGAAAUGAAGUUUGGAUCAUCAGUGACAUACCUGACCUUCUCGCAAUUUAACGAGUUUCUACUAGGAAGGAUACGAGCAUUAGAAAAUCAGCUCGAUUCCUUCAACUUCCAAAUUAAAUAAAGGACAUUCUACAAUUUCUCACGAAAAAUCCCGCUCUAAGAUUGCGGCUUAUGUCGCUACUUCUUCCGAUGCAAAUGCCGGAAAAUGCCCGUUGUGUGAAUCUGCGCACCAUUUAGCAAAAUGCGAACGUUACCAAGCGAAGACUGCUCAGCAGCGACGAGACUUGAUCUCGAAACAUCGAAAAGGUUUCAAUUGCCUCGGCGUUCAUGUUGCAAGUAAAUGCACCUCAAACAAACGAUGCUUGAAAUGUGCAAAGAAGCACCAUACUACUAUACACCAGAACGAAAACGUUUCUUCUGCAAAAUCUAACGUCAAGCCGCAAUCAAAGGAUGUAACUGAAGAGCUCCAGGAGAUAAAGCCGUCAUUAGAAUGACAAUUAAAGGCAUGCAUUCACCAAGUCCGACAAGCAUCUUUUCCUCGACAACUUACGUUGCUUGCCACAAGCAGAGCUUUACUUCAAAAGGAUGACGGUAACUUCCACGCGGUACACCUACUAAUCGAUCAAGGAUCCGAAUUAACUUUCAUCUCGGAAGAUUUGGUACAACGUGCGAAGAUCAAGCGGUCAGCGGCAUCCAUAACGAUUGUCGGAAUUGGAGGCAAGUUCUGCAGUCACACCAAGGGAGUUGUCUCCUUGCAACUUCAUUUUAUUCAUGAUAGUACUUCGAGAUGUACUGUUAGCGCAUACGUGCUGCCUAGGUUAACAACCAAAUUGCCAGCCUACAACUCAAAAUCGCAAUCAUGGUCGCACAUUGAUAGCCUGCAAUUAGCAGACCCAAACUUCGCUUCGUCAGAUUUUAUCCACAUCAUAAUCGGCUCAGAUAACUACGGUGAUAUUCCCUGACUUAGUUCAAGGAGAACCGCUUGCACAAAAGACAAUCUUCGGCUGGGUGCUUUCUGGAACAAUCUCAAUAGAUGGACGACCAUUAGCCGUGCAAUCAUAUCACUGCACCCCAGAUUAUGAACUGAAAGAACUCAUCGCUCGAUUCUGGACGCAAGAAGAAGUUUCCGCUCCGUUAAUCUCCAAACUCAACAAAGAUGAAGAAAAAUGCGAGCAACAUUUUCAGUCCAUUCACAGUAGGGACGCCACAGGGAGAUACGUCGUUCGGCUUCCAUUGAAAUGGAACCCCAAGCUCUUGGGAGAGUAUCAAGGAUAACAGCGUUCAAUACCCUGAAUCGAUUAGCAAAAAAAUUCAAAUCUAAUCCUGCAUUUAAAAAACAAUAUUCUGUUUUCAUCGCAGAAUAUAAAAGCAUGGGGCACAUGGUAGCAGCAAACAACAUCGAAGAAUCCUCCUCUGCGGUAUUCUAUCUACCACAUCAUGGAGUUAUCCAAGAGUCCAGCAGCACCACGAAGUUAAGAGUGGUAUUUAACGGUUCUAGUCAAUCGAGCAGCGGUCUCUCUAUCAACUCAAUCUUGCACGCAGGUGCUAAGCUGCAAACAGACAUAGCGGAAGUUCUACUAUGGUCGAAAACUCACCGAAUUUUAUUUGCAACGGAUAUGGUAAAAAUGUACCGACAGAUUGCAGUUCAUCGCGACAAUUGGGAUCUUCAGAGAAUACUAUGGUACGACAAAGAAAAUCGCCCAGUCGAUUACCAGCUUACAACCGUAACUUAUGGUUUUAGUUGCGCUCCCUUUCUCGCUCUACGUACGAUCCAGCAGCUGGAGGAUGAAGGCAGUCGCUUCCCAAAAGCGAUAGUACUCUUAACAAAAGGCAGGUACGUGGACGACAUCUUCGGAGAAGCGGAAUCAAUUACAGAAACAAAAGAAAUUGUGCGUCAGUUGACACAACUAUGCCAAGCCGGUCAGUUCCCGCUGCAAAAAUGGAACAGCAACUGCCCAGAAGUUUUACCGAAAACUGACAACAAAUCUGUAACGUUGUGGAGUUUGAGCCUAUCUUGUGCAAAAUCUUAGGCCUCAUUUGGAAACCAGAGACGGACACAUUCCAUUUUCUAGCUAUAACAACACCCAACUUAAUCACGCCAACCAAGAGAGUAAUUUCUUCGGAAAUAACUCAACUGUACGAUCCACUGGGAUUGAUCUCGUCUAUUCUAGUUCGAGCUAAGAUCAUUCUUCAAGAAACCUGGUUAAUUAAGACAGGAUGGGACGAUUCUCUUCCAUCUGAAUUGCAACAACGGUGUAACAACUUUCGACUUCAUUUACAGCAGCUCAAUCAACUGUCUAUACCUCGUUGAUUAGGCGACAUGCGUGCCAAUGCAUCAGUUGAAGAGCACGGAUUCUCUGACACUUCGCAGUUAGCAAAGGCUGCUGUAGUUUAUGUGAGAGUCCAUACUGAAGAUGGAAACAUUUCAACACGCCUAGUUCGCUCGAAGACGAAGAUUACUCCAGUCAAACAACUCUCUAUUUCUCGCCUCGAGCUCAAUACCGCCCUGCUCUUAACGCGAUUAUUGGCAAGUACAAUACCAGUAGUUGAAGUGGGACGCUCUUUAAUAACCUGUUGGACAGAUUCUGCUGUGACCUUAACCUGGAUAAACGGACACCAAGACGUUGGAAGGAGUAGUCCAAAACUAUGUGACUGCCAUCCACGAAAUUCAGCCAAACGCAACGUGGCCAUUUGUGCCCGGCAAAGAGAAUCCUGCGGAUUGCGCUACAAGAGGCCUGACGUCACAAGCUCUCUCCAACCACGAAUUGUGGUGGGAAGAUCCUAGAUGGCUUUCGGACUUGCUAUCUUCCUGGCCGUCGAUUGGAAGCAAGCCCGUCCCCGACAUCAACCUAGAGGAACGUCCGACCAAUACAUUGAUUGCCGCCGUUCAACGCGUUGCUUAUUGGAAAUUGCUCAAUAUGUAUUCUUCUUUCAGAAAUUGAUACGUAUCACCGCUACCUGUAAGAGAGCUAUUUCCUGCCUACGAAAGAAACCUCACUCGUCGCCGCUUUAACAUCCGCUGACACCGGUGAAGUCGCGUAUCCUGAAAUGUGCACGAUGCGCCCGAUACCGAACAGUCAAAGCUCAUGCAGUGAACAGCUGAUGAGACAGUUGCCUUCAUCUCGAGUAACUCCGGCACGGCCAUUCUACAACUCAGAUCUCGACUAUGUCAGGCCGAUGACGCUGAAAACCUGGAGAGGGCGGACGGCACAAACAUACAAAGGAUACCUCGCAAUAUUUGUUUGCCUCGCUACUUAAGGGGGGGAGUCUGCUUUAGAAAGUUCAAAAAAAUCGAUUUUUUUAUUACAUAAAUCUAUACCUAAUAUAUCUAAGAAUAUGUACCCAAAGUUAUAAAGGCUAAUUCGCAGUAUUUUCGAAGAUAUAGCAUUGAAAGCGGUGGGACAUCGAGCGUGUUUGCGAGCGCUCGGACAGACUGGAGCGCGCGCGCUCUUCCCCUCGAUCUACUACUCCGAAUUUUAUACCUGAAAAGGUUCAACGGUCGUUCGGAAUAAUAUUUUGAGUUCGUAGUAGUGCCGUGCAAUAGUACAAAUUAUAAAGAUAUAUAAUACCUCUCUGUAUACGUGCUUCUACUAAGCUGCUUCUAGCGUCAACGGUUAGUUUUGCUCUAACUCUUGGCGAGUGCUCAUCACAAGAAUAUCAUGACAAGUUAGCCUAAAGGUAGAAAAAAGCUAUAAUGGCAAUGGUGGAUCAUUAUUGUUUAAGGGAUAAAUCUCCUCGCCAUGAGAAUUGUCCGACAGGCGCCGACAGCUAGUGUGAAUGGCGCAAAGGUGAAGCCACGAAUCAACUUACAUCUUUCAAGCAUCCUGCCAGAUUAAUUGAUGAAAACGUCGAGAAACACAUUCGCCCAAUCUACAAAGAACUUUCAAAUGACGAACUUUUAACGCGAUGCUUAGACGGGCAAAAUUCAAAUGAAUCUUUUAACUCGACUGUCUGGCGCAUGAGCCCGAAACAUUUAAAUUCUGGCCAAAAAGUCAUUGAAAUAGCUGCGUACAUGGCUGCAGAAAUGUUCAACGAGGAUAUUCUGCAGUUCUGACUACAAUGCAGUUGCUCGACUUGAAAGUCGGCUAGAUAUGCAAGAUAUUUGCGGAUAACGUCGACGCACAACGGAUCGAAAGGCAAAACAGGCGUCAGUCUUUUUCCAGCAAGGAAGCUCGCACGACCCAUAGACUUGAGCAAAUUCAUCAGAACGAGUUUUUUGAAGAAGCUGAAGGUGCUUUAUGGAGCAGGAAUAGCUGAUUAGCGUAUUAUUACUACAAAAAUUACGAUCUGCAUCUUUCCCACCGAUAGGAGACUUCAAUUGUGAGAUGCUCUACAAAUGUGCUCCUAAAUCGACUGCAUUGGAUUAUUUUUCAUUGAAAAAAUUUUUUUAUAAUGUUCAAAUAUAUAUAAAAAUAUCCCAAAAAGUUUGCUAAACUUGGAUAUUUUUUUCCAUCCUAAAAAAAUUCCCCAAAAAACGCUUUUUUUAGACCUCCUAAAGCAAACUCUCCCCUUAAGCUAUCCAUAUCGAGGUGAUCACUGACUAUACCACGGACGCCUUCAUCGCUGCGUACAAGCGAUUUACCGGAAGAAGAGGUAUCUGUGCCACGCUGCAAAGCGACUGCGGCACAAACUUCCUAGGAGGCGACUCGGAAUUAAGACGUCAAUUUGAAACGACUUCCAAGGAGUUACGUCAUCUCGCUUCUUUACUCGCGAAUGAUAAUACAACGUGGCGAUUCAAUCUUCCUUCAGCGCCCCACUUUGAAGGAAAGUGGGAGGCCGCGGUGAAGUCAACAAAAUAUCACCUGCGAAGAGUGUUGAAGGACACCUUGUUUACUUACGAGAAAAUGACUACCCUGACGGUGCAGAUCGAAGCCGUUCUCAACUCGAGACCGUUGUGCCCGUUAACAGACGAUGCUACCGAUUAUGACGCCUUGACGCCUGGUCAUUUUUUGAUCGAGGAAGCGCUCGCCACCAUUCCCGAACCAAAUCUAAAUGAAGUGAAUACAUCCAGACUUUCGCGAUGGCAGUUAUUAAAACAGAAACUGGAUCUUUUUUUGGGCAAGGUGGUCUUCCGAGUGCUUACAACGGUACCAAGCUGUCUCCAAAUGGUACCAUCUUUCCAAUGCCAUCAAGGAAGGUACUUUAGUAUUAAUAAGCGGUAAGCACUAUCCGCCAGGGAAGUGGCCACUUGCUCGGAUGACUCAGCUGUAUCCAGGCCCAGACGGACUGACCAGAGUUGUCGAUGAAGACGGCUACUUCCACAUACAAGCAACCUGUCACCAAAUUGUGUGUUUUGCCGGUGGAUCCUGAGGCGAUUUAUUCGACAGAUGCUUUGUCGAAGGCGGGUAGAAAUGUAUAAAAAAGCUUUCUGCAUCAUCGGCCUCAUUUUCAAAACAAAUUAGAGCGUGGGUGCGGCGCCGCGGGCGGCCGCGGCGAUCAUUUGCUGAUCGUCGAGCGAGCGAAGUUCAAGUUGGUUUUGAAUUGUGUCUGUCGCUCAGCUUCUCGACUCUUGCAUUAAUAAGUUAUUAUUUAAUUCUUAACUUCCUAUUGUGGUAUUUGGGUGGCUACGUCUAACUGGGGACGUGUCACGGCGCAUUUCCUGCCAUCAAGGUCUAAUUGAGGACCUGCUGAAAGGCGCGGACGCGCGAAGAGCGCACACGCUAUUGUUCUCUCGCUCAUAGCAACGGUAAGCGCGUGAUAUCACGCUUACGCUAUCUCUGUCUAUUUCUUUUGCCGCAAGGUAAUAGUCCUCGUUCGACUCUCUUCCUUUUACUUUUUUGGGACCAUUACCUUUUUAAAACAACGACAAGGACGCACAAGAUCUAAGAUAUCGCAGCAAGCCGAAUCGCCAUUUUUAAGAUGUUUCGGAGUUAAGAACGACGCCAUCACGCAUCCAUUACAUCGGAACAGCCCCCCUUCCUUUCCCGGAAAUCCGUGACUCCUUCCCAACGCCUUCGAUUCCCGCUUUGACACACGCAAGGAUUCUCAACUAAUUUUAACAUUAAUUUUAAUUCCUUGAAUUUAAUUUCUAAUCACCUGUUAGCAAUAUUUGCCGUUUUCUACCUUCAAUUCUGUUUCAUGUAAUAAAAACCUUUCUAUAAUAUUUUAGGAAUUAUUUACAGUUAGCG